ACGAGAGAUACGUUUGAUUUUGAUAUGGCAACUAGGCAAUGCCUUAUGCCGCAGCCAAACAUUGCAAAAUGGCGCUGAGCAGGCAACAGAACAUCUCUUGAACAUUUUAGCUAUUUAACUAAUUAUUAUCAGAAAAAUGGCAACCCAAAUGGCAUAUUAUCCUGGUGCCAAUGGCAUGAAUCAGUCACCAUUUCAAUCGAGGCAUGCCACUGGCCCCAGCCAGAGCCCUGCAAAUGCAGGAAAUAAUUCUUUCCUUGGAGCAGGAUUACCUAGGAUUGUUCCAGGAAGUGAACCAUUGAGACCACCAAUUCCACCUGGUCGCCACAUGUUUCAUCCCUUCAAUAGACCAUACCCUAAGCCUGGCCAAGAUCGGUCAGACUAUGAUUCCAAACAGUUGCGCAAGAGCUCAAUGCGCAAAACUGUAGAUUAUUACUCUUCAGUGAUUCGUAUGCUAGAGACAAGAGUCUGGCAGCGGGACGCCAGAGACAGGAGAAGUCUUCAACCCGACGUGUGUUAUUAUCCAGAAAUGGUUCCUCCCUCUUGCUAUUUGGAUACGCCCAGCAAUGCCAUAACAACACGUUUUACUAAAGUGGCAACAAAUAAAAUUCGUUGUCCAGUAUUUUGCCUUACGUGGACUCCUGAAGGCCGUCGUUUAAUCACAGGGGCAUCAAGCGGCGAGUUUACCCUGUGGAACGGCCUGACGUUCAAUUUUGAAACUAUUUUACAGGCUCACGACAGUCCGGUCCGUAGCAUGGUAUGGUCCCACAACGAUAUCUGGAUGGUGACGGGAGACCAUGGCGGCUACAUCAAAUACUGGCAGUCAAAUAUGAAUAACGUCAAGAUGUUUCAAGCUCACAAAGAAGCCAUUCGGGGCAUCAGUUUUAGUCCGACGGAUCAAAAAUUGGCCUCUUGCUCCGACGAUGGAACUGUGAGAAUAUGGGAUUUUGUCCGCUGUCAGGAGGAAAAAAUUCUUCGAGGACACGGAGCUGAUGUCAAAUGCGUCGAUUGGCACCCGCAAAAGGGUCUAGUCAUUUCAGGCAGCAAAGACAACCAGCAACCAGUCAAACUGUGGGAUCCCAAAUCUGGUCAAUCAUUAGCUACGCUGCACGCCCAUAAAAGCACAGUUAUGGACGCGAAAUGGAACAAGAACGGCCAGUGGCUCAUCACCGCUUCCAGAGAUCAUUUGAUCAAGCUAUUUGACAUCCGUCGGCUUGAUCAAGAAUUGCAAACUUUCCGCGGUCAUAAAAAGGAAGCAUCCUGUCUUUCGUGGCAUCCAUUUCACGAAGAACUUUUCUGUAGCGGUGGAUCUGACGGAGCUAUAUUCUUCUGGAACGUUGGAACGGACAAAGAAGUUGGUGCUAUCGAUCAAGCUCAUGAAAGUCUCAUUUGGUCUCUUGCCUGGCAUCCGAUCGGACACAUUCUCUGUUCGGGUUCGAAUGACCACACGUCAAAGUUCUGGACGCGAAACAGACCCGGCGAUAAGAUGAGGGACAAAUACAAUCUCAACACGUUACCGCCUGGAGUGAUGCCCGAAGACGCCGAGUUGCUGGAUGACCAUCACGCGCCCAAUAUCCCAGGAAUGGGACCGGAAGACAAAGUGGAAGCAGAAGGCGGAGACGGACAACUCGGUCAGAGUAGUCUCAGUUUAUUAAGCGCAGGCAUGAUUCCUGGUCUGGAUGUGGAACCAUUAGCACAAGACGUGAAACCCAUCAAGAAAGUUCCGUAUGCCAAACCAAUUCCACGUCACUUCCAGGCACAAUGGAAUGAGAGCAGUGCUAGUAAGAAACCAGCCAUCUUACCCACUCCCAGCCUAUCGUCAGCAUCGGGUGUACUGUCUGAUGAAGAGGAUCACGUCCUUGGUGUUGAUCCCGUUGCCUUUGGAAUGGAACAGUUGGGUCGCGCAUCUUUGACCUUGUUCGGCCUACCGGCCAAUGAUCCAGAGCAGUUGCAAGAAUUGCUCGACACGGCUCAGUCGUUGCCUGUUACUCAACUUCCCACUCCGACAGCUGUCAUAAUCGAUGGCACGAUACUGUCCAUCGAAGCCGAUUCAGAGUUAGAGAAAGCCAUUCGUACUGGCGAAGAAGAGUUUAAUCAGGUUCUAUCUUCGAUGGGCUUGAAAGUUACUGUUGAGGAGGAGGAGACUAAACCCGAAGUAGUUCCAACUGGCGAGUACAAUCAAGAUCGAGAAUUGGACGACGACGAUUUCUAUCCGCGCUCUCGAACACCUGUUCUUGACGACUCUCCGGGCUACAACAGGGGUCAUUCAGGAAUUGGUCCAACACCAACUGGUGGUCUUCUAGGAGACUUCCCUCAGAGAGUUGUAGAGUUCCAACAGAGGGGCCACCCUGUUCAGCCCAUCCGUCAUCCGUUACCACCAGGAGCUGGACAGCAACACCACCAUCAUCAUUUACCGCAACAACAGCAACCGCAACAACAACAACUGCAGCAACACAAUCACCACCAUAAUCACGGAGGCUGGCAAGGCCAACCUCCACCUCAAGAAAUGGGAAAUUGGGAUCGCCCACCUUUCGAACCACAACAGCAACCAGAUCGCUUUCCUCCGCGACCACCUCAUAGUCAGGGUCCAAUGAAUAGACCCUACUUCCAGCCACCGCACCAUCAGGACCGAUUUAAUCAAAGUGGACCUCCACUUCCACCUCCAGGAAGAGGGAGAGGUCAUCACGGACCACCAGGUGGAAAUCAGGCGUGGGGUGGUCCACCACCAUCUAUCGAUAAUGAAGAAGAACUGCAUUAUAUGGGAAAUGGAGGACCCCCAAUGCAGCCCAUUGAAGACGACAUGCGGAUGGAAGGCGGUUAUCCGCCUCCCCCACCUCCACAAAUGAGUGAUCGGCAUGGCGAAGGAAACUUUGGCGGUUGGGGUCCAGGUCCUGGUCCCAACAACUAUCGAGGGGGUGGUGAACCUCCCGGCCCUUUUGAAAGAGGCGAUGAGGAUUACGGUGGUAGGGGACCACCACCAGGUCAUUUCGCUCCAAACUAUCCUGGACAAUUCCAUCCACCACCACCGCAUCAUCAGCCUCCACCAGGCCGUUGGAAUCCAGAAGGCGGAGGUGGACGGGGAGGUUUCGGGAGGGGUGGAGGUGGUCGGCGACCUCGAAGAGGAGGAUACAACAACUAUUGAUGAAAGAAUUUCAAUGCGACUGAUGGAUGAUUUUGUAUCUCUUAUUUUCUCGCCAUUUUUUAUAAAAUGUGUACAAAAUUGAAAAUGAAUAAUGCUCGCCAUGUUCACGACAUA